AUGGAGGGGUAUCCACCAGAGCUCCUAGACCCUGAUACGGUAAAUGAGCUCGAAACGCUUAUACCUGACCUAUCUCUACAUGAUAGGGCCAUAAUCCAAGACAGAAUGCGGAGACACAAGAUCUUCAGACAAUUAGAGUCUGAUGAAGAUCGCAUCGUAGUAUUAGACAGAAUUACGAUGGUUAGCGGGAGGAUACUAUCGUUCUAUACCUUCACCAGAGACUUUAUUUACUUCGAGGCUUGUAUGAUCACUCUCAAAAGCUUACAGCCUGAAGGUUAUAGGGGAACUAUGUUCGAAGCAUUUUUGGAAUGUUAUAUGCGAGAUCAAACUGGUUCGUAUAAUGUCCAAGUUGCCGAAGAGAUAUUUGAACCUCGCGACGAAGAUGAGGAUGGUAUGGAUAUAUGCUAUCGACAACUUUUCCUUGCCGUCAUGCGUGAUUUUCCGUCCCUUACUAGCCUCGGGCCCUACCAAGAUGACAAGAAAGGGAAGACUAAGAAAUCCGGGGUUCCGUCAGAAAGACUUAUCAAUCUAGCCCAGUUAGCUGUCAAACUGGGAUUCAAGAAUGAUGAGAUCAUGACCUUACAUACACAGGCUGAGGCAAACCGAUAUCAAAUCGUCACUGAAGAGUUUCUUAACCAGCUACAGCCUCUGGAUCGGUAUCAUGUUGAUACCGAGACUAAUCUGAGUGUCGCUCAGAACGUGUCCGAUAGAAUCAGCAACACGUCGGCUAUUGUGAUGCAUAGAGAGGAAGCAGAACUCACCACGGACUUGGAAAAGCUACCUAAGAAAUUUCGUUGUAGCCGGCCGUCUUACAAGAGGUACCUACAUGAUCGACAGCUUUUAUUUCUCGGAAAUAUCUACCAACAAGAAGUGGUUCCCAGGUCACAUGCAACCUCCUUCGCAAUACAGCGUGAUAUAUUUCUUUCCUUCUUCGGCGAAAUCAAUCUACAUUCUCAGGCAACUGAGGAUGAACUCUUUGCUAGCCCUGAUCCUCCUGAAAAUAGCUAUCACGGGGAUUCUUCCGAGAGCUAUGAUACACAGUCUUGGGAUAACAGAAACCAUUCAAAUACAGAUGGGCUCCAAGAACAUCAAGAUGGGCCUCAUGAUGAAGCUGAACAUCAAGCGCAUGAGUCCAGGUUGAGUGAAAGUCCCGAGAGCGACGAUCCACUUAACCAACCUCAAUCAAGAGCCGAUUCCUGGGAAACCCACUCCAUAUCGACCCUAUCAAACUUUUGGGCGGGUGAUGACCAGUUGAUAUCACUUGAACCCUUGACAACGCCUUCAGACUUUCUCAAUGGCUUACUUUCACAAACGGACGAUAUCCUGCUCUAUUUCUGGCAAACCAGACAGUACACGCGGCUAUCAAGCAGGUCCCAAGAUGAAAAUCUAUUUGAUAGCAAGACGCGCCUGCUGGCAAACCAGCAUCAGAUGUUCGUGUCAAUAAGUCGUACUAAGCCACAUCUGGUCCUUCCCAAAGAUCUCUACAACACGGCGAUGCGUGAAAAGCUUAUUUUAGUUGGACCAAAGCAUGAUCGAAUGGGUUUGAGUAGAGAUCUCAUGUCUCAAGUCCAGAACAGGAUUUUUGGAUUUCUUGAUAGAGUUAACUUGCACGAACCAAUUGCUUGA